GACAGGAUUAACUGACAUUCUUAUCUCCACCCACUGAAACCAGCUCACUGUUUGAGCGUAAGACAAAAAUGCUGUUUAUCGAGUUUAUAGUGAAGUGAGAAUGAAAUGUCCUCUGCCUUCAACAACCAAACCACACACCUUUUUCAUACAAAGAGCCUCUUAGCAAAUUCUUUUUACUUCUUUUUCUCUGUUCUCAUUCAAUAAAAUGGUUAAAGAAAAUAGCAGCUUUAAUUACAGGGAGAAUAACACAGGAACAAAAGAGGCAGAAAAUAUUUAUCGGUGUCACCAGAGCUUGUCUGACUGGUAAAACGUCUCUGAGUUGUCAGACAGAAUGACAGGAAUUAUCCUUGCUGUUGAACAGAGAUGAAACGGCAUCACAACAUGGUGGAUCGCUGUUGAAAAAGACGCUGGACCUGAGUGAGAGCGGAAAAGAAACUUUAAUGCUUUCAGAGUACAAGGAAAUUUGAUGAACAAAGAAAAGCAAUUACACAACACAACUUGUCUGACUGGUGACACGUCACUGUGAAGUAAAAUCAACGCAACCGUUUCUCCCCACAGACAGACCCGAUCCACCGUCAAAGGAACAUCAUCGCAACACAACCUCAACAUUUACAGGAUAUUACUCUGCAGACAAAUCUGUGAGUCCUUUUUUCUGAAGACAACACAAGAUGGCUGAGUCUGCUAUUUUUCAAAGUUAUUUGAGCUGCCCCGUUUGUGUUGGGACACUGAAAGAUCCCGUAUCUCUGAGCUGCAGCCACAACUUCUGCGCCAGCUGUCUGCAGAGAUUCUGGCAAGAAUCUAGGAGCAAAAACUGCCCCAUUUGUGGAAGAAGAUCCUCAAGAGAAAACCUCUCAGUGAACUACACUCUGAAGGAACUCGCCAACUCUUUUGCUGGAAGACAAGCGCCUGAACCAUCCCCGUGGCUCCAACCAGAGCAGAAGCUAAUAGUGGUGUGUAGCAUUCAUCCAGAUGAUCCAAAAUACUUCUGUAAAGAUGAGCAGAGAGCUGUGUGUCACAUGUGUGAGUUCACUCUCCACCAAAACCACAAAGUGGUUCCGAUUGACCAGGCGAUCAACGAGCUGAAGGUGCUGCUCAGAUCUGAUUUAAAGUCUCUGCAGGACAAGAGGAACUGGAACAUGCAGGCGGAAAAAGCAUACAGCGAAAUGGCAGAACACCUAAAAAUCCAGGUGUUGACGACUGAGAGUCAGAUCAGGGCAGAGUUCAACAAGCUCCACCAGUUUCUGAAAGAGGAAGAGGAGUCCAGACUGGCAGCUCUGAGGCAGGAAGAGGAGCAGAAGGGAAUGACUAUCAACAGAUUUCUCAGCAGGAUACAGGAACAGAUCUCUUUGCUGACAGACAGUAUCUACGCGAUUGAAGAGGAUCUCCGCAAAACUGUCUUGCCAUUCCUCAGCACCUAUAAAGCCACUCAGAGCAAAGCCAGAAGUCAGAGGUCACUGCCAGACCCACAGGUGAUUCCAGGAGCAUUGAUAGAUGUGGCCAAACACCUGGGCAACCUGUCCUUCAGAGUCUGGGAGAAGAUGAAGGGGAAGGCCCUCUACAGUCCCGUCAUUCUGGAUCCAAACACUGCUCACCCCAGCCUCUAUCUGACCGAUGAUCUGAUUGGUGUUAAAUGUGGAGAAACAUGGCAGCAGCUUCCUGACAACCCAGAGAGAAAUAUCAAGUAUGCCAACGUUUUCGGUUCCGAAGGCUACGGCUCAGGGAAGCACAGCUGGGAGGUGAUGGUGGGAGACCAUCCUGACUGGAUAAUUGGUUUGGUUAAAGAGUCCUUCGACCGAAAGAGAGAGACAUUUGCUUCAGCGAAGUUUGGAGUUUUAGUUCUGGUGCAUCGCGGUGGAAAAUACUCCAAUGGGGCAGGCAAGGCGGUGACAGUCAGGAGGAAUCCGCAGAGGAUCAGAAUCCAUCUGGACUACGAUGGGGGAGAGGUGUCCUUCUACAACUGCGAGGACAGGAGUCUCCUCUGCAGUCACAGAGACACUUUCACUGAGAAACUUUUUCCAUACUUCUGCAUCGGAAAAGCCGGCGAGGUGAAAACAUCUCAUGUUAAAGUUUGUAAAGUGUCUCCCUGAGUAAUAAAACCAGAGUAUGACAGGUAUGCUCCAUCAGAAAACAGAAUAUGUCUGUGAAUACUACAUCUGAACAUAAAAUACUACAAUUUUUUUUUAUUUAAAUAAAAACAUAAAAAUAUGAAAAUGUUAAAAAUAAAAUGGGGAAAUGCAGUAGACUUUUUAAAAAGCUUUUUCCAAAUAUCUAAAAUUCCUGAGCUUUUACUAGCUUUUUAUUUUAUAAAAAAUAACUUUCACUUCUUAAUAUGAAACAUUUAUUUUGUUUUGUUUGUGUAUGAGUUUGUUGUGGUGGGUUGAAGCCGUUCUUCAUUUUAAGGCCAUAAUGAGAUUUUCAAAGUGUUUGUGAUGAAAUUCUUUGCAUUGCUUUGAUUAAUAUUUGUAUAGAUUAUUUUUGCUGAAGAAGAAUCAGGGAUUCAGAUGUUUAAUUUAAUGUCAGGGCUCAAAACUUGAUACUUUACUGUUGUUAAAUGUGACUGGAUUAUUGGGUUUUGUAUGUGUCUCCUCUUUUAUUUUAUCUUAUUAUCUUAUCUUAUUGAAAUGUGUAGGAUAAUGUUCAGUAAAUUUGUUCACUGAUAAUAAUAUUAUAGCUCCUAUACUGAGGAAAUAAAUAAAAUUUUAAUGUUU